AUGCCGCGAGAGGUUAUCACAGUACAGUGCGGCCAGGCGGGAGAGCAGCUGGGUUCCACUUUUUGGGAGCUGCUCCUAGCUGAACAUGGCUUGACGUACGAGGGUGGCAUCGGCGACCACAAUGUGCCUGACGGCUGUCAAAACAAUGUCGACUGUUUCUUCUAUGAGGCACACACGGGACGGAGGGUUCCAAGGAGCGCGAUGAUUGACCUCGAUACUGCCGUACAGAGUACAAUUGACAGGAGCCCCAUGCGGCACUUAUUCGAUUACACCUAUUUUGUCUCCAACAAAGAAGACGCCUCGAGCAAUUACGCUCGCGGGUACAUUGGUGUCGGCAGGGCGGUAAUGCGGGAGACAAACGAGGCCAUUCGUCGGCAGGCAGAGAUGUGUGACUCACUUCAAUGUUUUUUCUUAUGCCGAUCGUUAGGCGGUGGCACAGGAUCAGGCUUGGGGUCGCUUGUCCUGGAGAGCAUUGCGGAUGAGUUUGGAAAAAAGUAUCUGCUGGACACUGUUGUCUGGCCUUCUGAAUCCCAGACGUCUAGCGUCGUAGAGCCGUAUAACGCCAUGCUCGCGGUCCCCGCUAUGAGCUCGCACUCUUCCGCUGCCCUACUUUUUGAUAAUGCGGCUCUUUUCGGAGUAUGUCGAAACCUGCUGAAUGUCGAAGCUGUGUUUUACACAAAUCUGAACCAGCUCGUCGCUCAGGUGCUCUCAGCUGUCACUCUGUCAACGCGUUUCGAGGGCUCGCUAAACAGUACCGUGGAGCAGACGCUUGUAAACACGGUUCCGUACCCGGAGGUGAAUUUCCUGACAGCAUCUCUCGCGCCCUUGGCAAAUCGGCGAAGAUACCGCUACGAGCGAGCCUCUACUAAAGACAUCACCAUGGAGUCCUUCCUACCUUCACGAUGUCUGGCGGAGGUCAACUGCGCCGAAGGUCGUUUUAUUGCCUGCCAUCUUAUGUACCGAGGUGACGUCACGCCGCGAGAUGUGCAAGAGGGAAUCGUCGCCGCAAAAAACAGUCGGGCUGUGCGAUUCGUCGACUGGAUGCCUACUGGGUUCAAAUGCAGCCUGAACAACCGUCUGUUGUGCGUCAGUCGGGAUUCUGAGCUCGCUCCUGCCUUCCAGUCGUGUUGUAUGUUCGCGAACAACACUGCCGUCACAUCAGUUCUUGAGCGGACUCUUGGCAACGCUCGCAAGAUGUUUAGCAAACGGGCAUUUGUUAACUGGUUUGUAGCAGAGGGCCUUGAAGAAGGAGAGUUUUCGGAAGCAGACGAGCGGCUUCAACAAAAAAUCAACGACUAUAAUGAGAGCGUGGCCGAUGUCGAGUACUACUACAAGUACGCAGAGCCUGUGAAGAAGGAGCGUGAGGAGGAGACGCCGCAAUCAACGCCGACAACGGCGCCGUCGUCUCCGACUUUCGGAGACAAACGAGAUAGCGAUGCAGAGGAAAAGCUCGCAAGCGUAGUGGCUGCGCUUGCUGGCUGA